AUAAAUUAUUCGACCGGAGUAUUAUCAUACCAUAAACUUCGAGAGCAGUUUGUUGUGUUCUGGCUGAUGUCGCGUUAGCAGAAUCGAACGGACUCUAGCUCAAUAAAAUCUGUUUGCGUGUCAAAAGGACUCGAUCGUAUAAAAGAUGGCACGUUUUACGUGGCUCGUGUGUCCGCUGCUCCUAAUUUUUUCGUGGCUGACGUUUACUUGUUACAGUUUCGAGGUCAAUCUCUUUUCAAUAUUCCGAGGCGAUCCUGGUUACUAUAACGUUGAACUGGACAGCGGUAUCAAUCAUCGAAGCGACGCGUUCAAAUUCACACCUCACGUGAGGAAACUGCGCGUCCCAUUUGCAAUAUCCUCCGAAAUCAUCACGCAAAUGGAUGCCCACGAUUCCUUAAUACUUGCCGUCUAUCUGAAGAUUGCUCCUUACAAUUACGGAACGCUGUUCUCCGCCAGUGGAGGCCACAAAGACAUGCUGUUUGAUGUUUGGGUAAAUUCUGGAGUGUAUCCUGUACUAGGUGUGCGGUAUUCUCCGGUCAACUCCUCCCGAGUGGAAACUGUGACGUUUGGACCUGUUAUGGACCUCCGGUUGAAAAGUUGGAAUAAAGUCGUUCUUCAUAUUUAUAGAAUUGGUCUAUUCCAAUCUGUUAUUGAUGCGUACGUGAACUGUGAAAAGAUUGGCCGUCAAAUCACUAGAAGUGUUUUGGACUUGUUUGCCUAUUCAAAAAAGUUCAAGCCAAAGAAAAUCGAGUUUCGUGUCGCACAGAAAGGUUAUAAGAAAAAGAUCCUUUCGAGAUAUUUGGGAUCGAUGCAAGAUUUGCGUCUAAUAUUCAAGAGAAACAUCGACAGUUUUGUGAAUAAAGAUCUUUGCAAAUUUCCCUUCGAAGAAAAGAACGAGUUCUUAAGAUUUCAUCAUAGGGCUUUAGCUGAACCAGUGAGGUCGGCGUACGGUAAUGAGCACGCAAUGUCUGAACUGAUUAGCAUGAUCAAAGAUUUACGAUACGACUUGACUGUGCAAACAGCGGAGUUGAAAUAUGUCAGAGAAUUGGUCGAGGGCUGCGAGCUUUGCCGUGUCACGGAUUUUUGUUCAAUGAAGCCUUGCUUUCCUGGCGUCCAAUGUUUUAACGCGCCCAAAUCUAAAGAUGGAUUCUACUGUGGUCAUUGCCCAUUUGGUAGUAAGGGAGACGGAGUCCAUUGCGAGGAUAUUGACGAGUGUGCAUACCAUCCAUGUUCCGUGUUAUCAACAUGUAUCAACAAGAGUCCUGGAUAUACUUGCGAAGCCUGUCCCGAAGGCUAUGUUGGACCCAUCCCGAGUGGUAUCGGUGAAGCGCACGCUGCAAAGACCAAACAGGUCUGUGCAGACGUGGAUGAAUGUCAAAUGGACAACGGUGGUUGUGAUAAUUUGGUGAAAUGCAUCAAUACACCGGGUAGUUACGAAUGCGAGCCAUGUCCACCUGGCUACGAAGGUGAUUCGACGGUGAAGUGUCGCUCGAAAAAGUACUGCGAUGCUCAAAAUCCCAAGAGUAAUCCUUGCAACAGCUACGCAACGUGUAUCCCACUUAAUGAUGGCAAGGACUACAAAUGCGAGUGUUCCAUCAAUUUUGCUGGAAAUGGGUACAUUUGCGGAUACGACAGGGAUGCUGAUGGAUACCCUGACAAGACCAUCAAAUGCAAAGAAAAACAUUGCAAAAAGGAUAACUGCCCACAGAAGUACAACCCCGAUCAAAAAGAUCAAGAUAACGAUGGUCUUGGUGAUGUCUGCGAUGUUGACAUCGACAACGAUCGUAUUUACAAUGAACAGGAUAAUUGUCCAUGGAUAUCUAACAGAGAUCAGUUGGAUUAUGAUAAAGAUGGAGUGGGAAAUCUGUGCGAUAACUGUCCUGGGGUGAAAAAUUCGAAACAGGAAGAUUACGAUGACGAUGGCGAAGGAGACGAUUGUGACAGAGACACGGAUGGCGAUGGCAUCGGUAAUAAUGAUGACAACUGCCCAGUUUUGUAUAACAAGAAGCAGAACGAUUCCGAUUCCGAUGGUGUAGGCGAUCUUUGUGAUAAUUGUCCUCUCAACAGCAAUCCAAGCCAGGAUGACAGCGAUGGUGAUCUUAUUGGUGAUUUUUGUGACACGAAUGUAGACAGCGAUGGUGACGGUGUUGAAGAUACUAUCGACAACUGUGCUUUUGUAAUAAAUCCAGAGCAGAGAGACGCCGAUGAUGACGGUCUAGGUGAUGCAUGCGACGAAGACGACGACAAUGAUUCGAUUAUCGACGAUUCGGACAACUGUCCUCUGGUGGCUAACGACGACCAGAAGGAUAACAAAAACUCCGGUGAUGUUUGCGAGGACGACUGGGAUGGAGACGGUGUCCCGGAUGAAAUUGACGCAAGCGAGAAGAAUUAUAAGAUAACUGCAACAGACUUUAGAAGAAUUCAGGAAGUACAUCUGGGCACAAAGAAUAAGAUCGAAGCGACUCCAGUUUGGGUCGUCAGCAAACAGGGAACGGAAGUCAGACAGACUGCUAAUAGCGACCCUGGAGUAGCUGUAGGUCGAGCGAGAUUUGCCGGUGUGGAUUUCAAUGGUACAAUGUUGGUGGAUUCUACACACGACAACGAUUUUAUUGGCUUCGUGUUUAGUUAUCAAAACAGUUCAUCAUUUUACGUUUUAACAUGGAAGAAGGAAGAACAGACUUACUGGAUCGGGAAUCCAUUCAGAGCCGUCGGUGUCACUGGACUGCGGCUGAAAAAAGUUCGAUCUAAGUUGGGCCCAGGUCAUGGAUUGCGAAACGCUCUCUGGCACAAAGACAGCGUUCCCAACGAAACAGAACUACUUUGGUAUGAUAACAAUCAAGUCGGCUGGGAGUCUCAUGUGCGAUAUCGUUGGCAGUUAAUACAUCGGCCAGAGCACGGCUUGAUUAGAAUCAAAUUUUACAAAGGUCGAAGACAAUUUGCUGAUACAGGAGAUAUUCGCGACAAAACGUACCUCGGUGGAAGAAUUGGUUUCUUUGUGCUCUCUCAAUCGGAGGUGGUCUGGACUGAUCUGUCCUACCGAGCCAACGACGAUCUUCCUGACGACUUUGACUAUGCUAAAAACAAAUAAAUGCAAAAAGUCUUGGAAAUAAUGGGCAAUGAAAAAUUCCACCUUAAUAUAGAAAAAUAUCGUUGCACCUAAAAAUGAGCGAUCGAAUUGACUUAAUUACUCCUUGUGAAAGAAAAAUGAAAUUUUAUCCUUGAUGAGCAAGAUGAAAGAAAACGCGAGACCAUCGUGUUUUUGCGUAUGGUUGUAUAAUGAUAUAAACUCAAAUUAAUCAUACUUUUACCGUUGAUUUGUUUAAUAUUAGCGGAUGUUGAAUAAAAUAGUUGAAUAUA